UCCCAGCUCGGGGUGCAGGGCGGCCGCCGUGCGCCCGUCCCCGCGGAGCCCCAGGCGCAGGGAGGGAGCCGCCCGCACGUCGGCCAUGGGCCCGCCGAGGCCCGCGCUGCUGCUGCCCGCGCUGCUGCUGCUCGCCGUCGGCGCCCGGGCCGAAGCUGAAGUGCAGGAAAAUGUGAGCCCCAGCUGUUCAAAAGACACAACUCGAUUCAAGCACCUCAGGAAGUACACGUACAGCUAUGAGGCUGAGAGUUCCAGUGGAGUCCCCGGGACUGCCGAUUCGAGAAGCACCACCAAGAUCACCUGCAAGGUCGAGCUGGACGUCCCCCAACCCUGCAGCUUCAUCCUGAAGACCAGCCACUGUACCCUGAAAGAGGGGUAUGGCUUCAACCCUCGGGGCAAGACCUUGCUGAAGAAGACCAAGAACUCUGAGGAAUUUGGGGCCGCCAUGUCCAAGUACGACCUCAGGCUGGCCGUUCCUGAAGGGAAGCAAGUUUUGCUUUACCCAGAGAAGGAUGAACCAAAACACAUCCUGAACAUCAAGAGGGGCAUCAUUUCCGCCCUGCUGGUUCCCCCAGAGACGGAAGAGGCUACACAAGUGUUGUUCCUGGAUACUGUGUAUGGAAACUGCUCUAGUAACUUUACCGUUAAAACAUGGAAGGGAAAUGUGGCAACAGAAAUAUCCAUUGAAAGAAACCUGGACAAGUGUGAUCACUUCAAGCCCAUGAGCACAGGAGUUAGCCCGCUGGCCUUGAUCAAAGGCAUGAUCCGCCCCUUGUCAACUCUGAUUGGUAGCAGUCAGUCCUGCCAGUAUACCCUGGAGUCCAAAAGGAAGCAUGUGUCAGAAGCCAUCUGCAAAGAGCAACACCUGUUCCUGCCCUUCUCCUACAAGAAUAAGUAUGGGAUGAUGGUACAGGUUACCCAGACUUUGAAAUUUGAAGAUACAUCUAAGAUCAACAGCCGCUUCUUUGAAGAAGGUGUCGAGGAGGUGAGUCUUGCCUUUGAGAGCACCAAAUCCACAUCACCUCCAAAGCAGGCCGAGGCCAUUGUGGAGACCCUCCAGGAGCUGCAAAAACUACAUGUCUCUGAGCAGAACGCCCAAAGAGCUAACCUCUUCAACAAGCUGGUUACUGAGCUGAGAAGCCUCAACCAUGUGGCAAUCGCCUCCAUCUUGCCAAAGCUGAUCCAGGUGUCCAGCCCCAUAACUUUACAAGCCUUGAUUCAGUGCGGACAGCCCCACUGUUACACUCACAUCCUCCAGUGGCUGAAAAGUGAGAAAGCCAACCCCCUUCUGAUAGAUGUCGUCACCUAUCUGAUGGCCCUGAUCCCAGAGCCCUCGGCCCAGAGGCUGCGGGAGAUCUUUAACACGACGAAGGAGCAGCAGAGCCGGGCCACUUUCUAUGCUCUGAGUCACGUGGUCAACAACUAUCAUAAGACAAACCCUACGGUGACCCAGGACCUGCUGGACAUUGCUGAUUACCUCUUGGAACAGAUCCGCAAUGACUGCACUGGCAAUGAAGAUCACACCUACUUGAUUCUGAGGGUCAUUGGAAAUAUUGGCAAAACCAUGGAGCAGCUAACCCCGAGACUCACGUCUUCAGUCCUGAAAUGUAUCAAGAGUACUGAGCCAUCACUGCUGAUUCAGAAGGCUGCCAUCCAGGCCCUUCGGAAAAUAGAACUUAAAGACGAGGUACGGGAAGUCCUUCUGCAGACUUUCCUCGAUGACGCCUCUCCAGGGGACAAGCGACUGGCUGCCUAUCUCAUGCUGAUGAGGAGCCCUUCCCAGUCAGAUAUUAACAAAAUCACCCAGCUUCUCCCACGGGAACAGAAUGAACAAGUGAAGAACUUUGUGGCUUCCCACAUUGCCAACAUCUUAAACUCGGAGGAAUUGCAUAUCCAGGAUUUGAAAAAGUCAGUGGAAGAAGCUCUGAAAACAUCUCAACUUCCAACUGUCAUGGACUUCAGAAAAUUUUCCCGAAACUAUCACCUUUCCAAAGCUAUUUCUCUUCCAUCGCUUGACCCAGUCUCAGCCAAAAUCGAAGGGAAUCUUAUAUUUGAUCCAAACAAUUACCUUCCUACAGAAAGCAUGCUGAAAAUGACCCUUUCUAUCUUCGGAUUUGCUCCAGUUGACCUUUUUGAGAUUGGUUUGGAGGGAAGAGGGUUUGAGCCAACACUGGAAGCUCUUUUUGGGCAGCAAGGAUUUUUCCCAGACAGUGUCAGCAAGGCUCUGUACUGGGUUGAUGGCCGACUUCCUGAUCAUGUCUCCAAGGUCCUGAUGGGCCACCUUGGCUACAGCAAAGAUGAUAAACGUGAGCAGGACAUGGUCAAUGGAAUUAUGCUCAACGCUGAGAAGCUGAUCAAAGAUUUGCAAUCCAAAGAAUUCCCAGAAGCCAGAGCCUACCUCCAGAUCUUGGGAGAGGAGCUUGGCUUUGUCAGACUCCAUGACCUCCAGCUCCUGGGAAGGCUGUUCCUGAAUAGCGUUCGCACUCUGCAAGGGAUCCCUCAGAUGAUUGGAGACAUCAUAAGGACAGGUUCAAAGAAUGACUUGUUUCUUCACUACAUCUUCAUGGACAAUGCCUUUGAACUCCCCACUGGACUUGGAUUACAACUGCAAGUGUCCUCCUCUGGAGUCAUCACUCCUGGAAUCAAGGCUGGGGUGAAACUGGAAGUAGCCAAUAUGCAGGCGGAACUUGUGGCAAAACCCUCUGUGUCCGUGGAGUUUGUGACAAAUAUGGGCAUCAUCAUUCCGGACUUUGCUAGGAACGGGGUCCAAAUGAACACCAACUUCUUCCAUGAGACGGGCCUGGAGGCACGAGUUGCCCUGAAAGCAGGGCAGCUGCAGUUCAUCAUUCCUUCGCCCAAGAGACCACUCAGGCUGUUCAGUGGCAGUAACACAUUGCAUUUGGUCUCCACCACCAAAAUGGAAGUGAUUCCACCUCUAACCGGGAACAGACAGUCCUGGUCAGUGUGCAAGCCUUUCUUUACUGGUCUGAACUACUGCACUACGGGCGCUUACUCCAACGCCAAUUCCACAGACUCUGUCUCCUACUAUCCACUGACUGGGGACGCCAGAUUUGAACUGGAACUGAGGCCGACGGGAGAAGUAGAGCAGUAUUCUGCCAGCGCAACCUACAAACUCCAGAAGGAGGGUGGAGCCUUGGUGGACACGCUGAAGUUUGUAACUCAGGCAGAAGGUGUAAAGCAGAACGAGGCCACUUUGAUGUUCAGAUAUAACCGGCAGAGUAUGACUUUGUCCAGCGAAAUCCAAAUUCCCAAUUUUGACGUUGACCUUGGGACAAUCCUCAGAGUUAGUGAUGAAUCCGCUCAGGAAAGAAAGUCUUACAAGCUCACCCUGGACAUUCAGAACAAGAAAAUCACUGAGGUCACCCUCACCGGCCAUGUAAGCUGUGACAGGAGGGAAGAAGGCAAAAUCAAAGGUGUUAUUUCCAUACCCCGCUUGCAAGCAGAAGCCAGAAGUGAGAUCCUCACCCAGUGGUCUCCUACAGGACUCCUCCUCCAAAUGGACUCGUCUGCGACAGCUUACGGCUCAACAAUUUCCCAGAAGGUGGCAUGGCGCUAUGAUGAAGAGAAGAUUGAAUUUGAAUGGAACACAGGCACCAACGUGGAUACCAAAAAAGCGGCUUCCAAUUUCCCCGUGGAUCUCUCUGAUUACCCUAAGAGCUUGCAUAUGUAUGCCAGUAGUCUCUUAGAUCACAGAGUUCCUCAAACAGACGUGACUUUCCGGCACAUGGGUUCCAAAUUAAUAGUUGCAACAAACACAUGGCUUCAGGAGGCAUCCAGCAGUCUACCUUAUGCCCAGAAUUUGCAAGAUCGCCUCAGUGGCCUAAAAGAAUCGUACCUCCAGAAAAUGAGAUUGCCAGACUUCCACAUCCCGGAAAACCUCUUCUUGAAAAGCGAUGGCCGGGUCAAGUACACCUUCAACAAGAACAGUGUGAAAGUUGAGAUUCCUUUGCCUUUUGGUGGCAAAUCCUCCAAAGACCUAAAGAUAUUAGAUAUGAUUCGGAAAAUAGACCUCGUCUUCAAGUCUGGGGGAUUAUACCUGCCAGCUCAAGAGUCCCAGGUCCCUCCCUUUACCAUUCCCAAGGCUUAUCAACUUCAGGUGCCACUCUUGGGUGUUCUGGACCUCUCCACGAAUAUCUACAGCAACUUGUACAACUGGUCCGCCUCCUACACUGGCGGCAACACCAGCACAGACCACUUGAGCCUUCAGGCUCAGUACCACAUGAAGGCUGACUCUGUGGUCGACCUGUUCUCCUACAGAGUGCAAGGAUCUGGAGAAACAACGUAUGACCGCAGGAACACGCUCACAUUAUCAUGUGAUGGGUCUUUACACCACAAAUUUCUGGAUUCAAAUAUCAAAUUUAGCUAUGUAGAAAAAAUGAGAAACAAUCCAGCCUCAAAAGGUUUGCUAACGUUCGAUGCAUCUAGUGCCUGGGGACCACAGAUAUCUGCUUCAGUACAUUUGGACUCAAAAAAGAAACAGCAUUUCUAUGUCAAGGAAGUCAAGAUUGAUGGGCAAUUCAGAGUCUCUUCGUUCUAUGCUAAAGGCGCGUAUGGCCUGUCUUAUCAGAGGGAUCCUAACACUGGGCAGCUAAACGGAGAGUCCAACCUGAGGUUUAACUCCUCCUACGUACAGGGCACCAACCAGGUAACAGGAAGAUAUGAAGAUGGAGCAUUCUCCCUCACCUCCACCUCAGAUCUGCAAGGCAUCGUUAAAAAUACUGCUUCCCUGAGAUAUGAGAACUACGAGCUGACUCUGAAAUCUGACACCAAUGGGAAAUAUGAGAACUUUGCCACUUCUAACAAGAUGGAUCUGACCUUCUCUAAGCAAAAUGCACUGCUACGUUCGGAGUAUCAGGCUGAUUACAAGUCACUGAGGUUCUUUGCCCUGCUUUCUGGAUCACUAAACUCCCAUGGUCUUGAAUUAAAUGCUGACGUCUUGGGCACUGACAAAAUUAAUAGUGGUGCUCACAAGGCAACACUAAGGAUUGCCCAAGAUGGAAUGUCUACCAGUGCAACGACCAACUUGAAGUAUAGUCCCCUGGUGCUGGAGAAUGAGCUGAAUGCGGCACUUGGCCUCUCUGGGGCAUCUAUGAAAUUAACAACGAAUGGUCGCUUUAGGCAACACAGUGCAAAAUUCAGUCUAGACGGAAAAGCUGCCCUUUCAGAGAUAUCAUUGGGAAGUGCUUAUCAGGCCAUGAUUCUGGGAGUCGACAGCAAAAAUAUUUUCAACUUCAAAAUCAACCAGGAGGGACUUAAGCUUUCAAAUGACAUGAUGGGUUCAUAUGCUGAAAUGAAACUUGACUACACAAACCAUCUGAACAUUGCAGGGUUAUCACUGGACUUCUCUUCAAAACUCGACAACAUCUAUGACUCUGACAAGUUUUAUAAGCAAAAUUUUAAUUUACAGCUACAGCCCUAUUCUCUUGUAACGACUUUAAACAAUAACUUGAAAUUCAGUGCUCUGGAUCUGACCAACAAUGGGAAAUUACGGCUAGAACCCCUGAAGCUGAAUGUGGGUGGGAACAUAAAAGGAGCCUACCAAAAUAAUGAAAUGAAACACAUCUACACCAUUUCUUACGCUGACUUGUCAGCAAGUUAUAAAGCAGACACUGUGGCUAAGGUGCAGGAUACAGAGUUUAGCCAUCGGCUCAGCACAGACAUCGCUGGGCUAGCUUCAGCCAUUGACAUCAGGACAAACUACAAUUCAGACUCACUGCAUUUCAGCAACGUUUUCCACUCUAUAAUGGCCCCGUUUACAGUGACCAUCGAUUCACAUACGAAUGGCAAUGGGAAACUGGUUCUCUGGGGAGAACAUGCUGGGCAGUUGUAUAGCAAAUUCCUGUUGAAAGCAGAACCUCUGGCCUUUACUUUCUCUCAUGAUUACAAAGGAUCCAUGAAUCACAAUCUUGUGUCCGAGAGGAGCAUCAGUACUGCUCUUGAUCACAAAGUCAGUGCCCUGCUCACUCCGGCUGAGCAGACAGGCACCUGGAAACUCAAGACCAAGUUGAAUAAAAAUGAAUACAGCCAGGACUUCAAUGCUUACAACACUAAAGACAAAGUCGGUGUGGAGCUUAGUGGCCAAGCCCUGGCUGACCUCACCAUGCUGGACUCACCUAUUACAGUACCAUUUUCACUCAGCGAGCCCAUCAAUUUAAUUGAUGCUUUAGAGAUGAGGGAUGAUGUUGACCAACCUCAAGAAUUCACUAUUGUUGCUUCUAUAAAAUAUGAUAAGAACCAAGAUGUUCACACAAUUAAUCUUCCAUUCUCUAAAAUCCUGCUAGAAUAUUUUGACAAGAAUCGAAUAGUAAUUGUAACUGUACUGGAAACUAUACAGAAAGAAUUGAAACGCAUCAAUAUUGAUCAAUUCCUGAGGAAAUACAGAGCAGCUUUGGACAGACUCCCACAGCAAGUUAAUGAUUAUCUGAAUGCAUUCAGUUGGGAGAGACAAGUUUCAAGUGCCAAGGAGAAACUAACUGCCUUCACAAAAUAUUAUAAAAUUACAGAAAAUGAUAUACAAAUUGCAUUGGACAAGGCCAAAAUCAACCUUAAUGAAAAACUAUCUCAACUACAAACGUAUGUGAUACAAUUUGAUCAGUAUAUUAAAGAUAAUUAUGAUUUACAUGAUUUUAAAACAGCUAUUGCUGGGAUUAUUGAUCAAAUCAUUGAAAAAUUGAAGAUUCUUGAUGAACAUUAUCAUAUCCGUGUUAAUUUAGCAAAAACAAUCCAUAAUCUAUAUUUGUUUAUUGAAAAGAUUGAUUUUAACAAAAUUGGAAGUAGUACUGCCUCUUGGAUUCAAAAUGUAGAUACUAAGUAUCAAAUCAGAAUCCAGAUACAAGAAAAAUUGGAACAGCUGAAGACACAAAUUCAGAAUAUAGACAUCCAGCUCCUUGCUGAAAACUUAAAACAACAAGUUGAAGCUAUUGACAGCAGAGUGCUUUUAGAUCAGUUGAGAACUACAAUUCCUUUUCAAAGAAUAAUGGAAAUUAUCGAGAAUGUCAAGUGCUGUAUUAUAACUCUUACUGAAGAUUUUGAACUAACUGAAAAGAUUGAUGCUUUUGGAGCCACGAUCUAUAAGUUAAUUAAGAUGUAUGAAAUAGACCAACACAUCCAGGUUUUAAUGGAUAAUUCAGUACAGUUGGCCCGCCAAUAUAAGUUGAAGGAAACUGUUCAGAAGCUAAGCAAUGUCCUACAACAAGUUGAGAUAAAAGAUCACUUUGAGAGAUUGGCUGAGUUUGUUGAUGAUGCUGUCAAGCAGCUUAAUGCGUUGUCUUUUAAAAAAUUCAUUGAAGAAGUGAACAGAUUCCUUGACAUGUUGGUAAAGAAAUUAAGGUCAUUUGAUUACCACAAGUUUGUCAAUGAAACCAAUAACAAAAUCCAUGAGGUGACUCAGAGAAUCAAUGGUGAAAUCCGGGCUCUGGAACUUCCACAGAAAGCUAAAGCACUGAAGAAACUAUUUGUAGAGCACAUCCAAGCUAUGACCUCAGACCAUCUGGAAAACAUAAACAACACCAAAAUAACUAUAUUCCUGGAUUAUUUGCAGGAGGCCUUAAGUUCAGCCUCUUCAGGUUACAUCAAAGCCAAAUUCCAAGACAUCCUAGAAGACGUACGAGACCGAAUGUAUCAAAUGGACAUUCAGCAGGAAAUUCAGCGAUACCUGUCCCUGGUAGGCCAGGUUUACAGCACACUUGUCACUUACAUUUCUGAUUGGUGGAGUCUUGCUGCUAAGAACCUUACUGACUUUGCAGAACAGUAUUCUAUGCAAGCCUGGGCUGAAAACCUGAAAGCAUUGGUAGAACAAGGGUUCACUGUUCCCGACAUCCAUACUACCUUCGGGACCAUGCCUGCCUUUGAAGUCAGUCUCCAUGCUCUUCAAGAAGCUACAUUCCAGACUCCUGACUUCAUAGUCCCCCUGACAGAUUUGAGGAUUCCAUCAGUUCAGAUAAACUUCAAAAAGUUGAAGGAUAUAAAAAUCCCAUCCAGGUUUUCCACGCCGGAAUUCACUGUCCUCCACACCUUCCAUGUUCCUUCCUUUACAAUUGACUUGAGAGAAAUAAAAGCAAAGAUCAUCAGAACCAUUGACCAAAUGUUGAACAGUGAGCUACAGUGGCCAGUUCCGGAAGUGUACCUGAGGGAUCUGCUGGGGGUGGACACCAUUCUUGCUGGACUCACUCUGCCGGACUUCCAUUUACCAGAAAUCACAGUUCCAGAAUUCAUAAUCCCAAACCUUGACCUCAAAGAUGUUCAAGUUUCUGACCUUCACAUACCAGAAUUCCAGCUUCCCCACAUCUCACACACAAUCGAAGUACCUACUUUUGGCAAGCUAUAUAGCAUUUUGAAAAUCCAGUUUCCUCUUUUCACGUUAGAUGCGAAUGCUGAUGUUCAGAAUGUAACCACUUUAGUGAACAAGGCAGAGAUUGCAGCUUCCAUCACUGCCAAAGGAGAGUCCAAGUUAGAAGUUCUCAAUUUUGAUUUUCAAGCAAACGCACAACUUUUAGCCCCUAAGAUUAAUCCACUGGUUCUCAAGGAAUCCAUGAGAUUUUCCAGCAAGUACCUGAAAACAGAGCAUGAGAGUGAAGUGCUAUUUUCUAGAAAUGCUAUUGAAGGAAAAUCAAACACAGUGGCAAAUUUACACACAGAAAAAAAUACAGUGGAGCUUAGUAGUGGUGUGCUCGUCACAGUAAACAAUCAGCUUACCCUGGACAGCAACACAAAGUACUUCCACAAAUUGAACAUCCCCGAACUGGACUUCUCCAGUCAGGCUGAUCUGCACAAUGAAAUCAAGACGCUGUUGGAAGCUGGACACAUAGCAUGGACUUCUUCUGGAACAGGGUCAUGGAAAUGGGCCUGCCCCAAAUCUUCAGAUGAGGGAACACAUGAAUCACAAAUCAGCUUCACUGUGGAAGGACCAAACACUUCCUUUGGAUUAUCUAAUAAAAUCAAUAGCAAACACCUAAGAGUAACCCAAAACUUGGUUUAUAACUCUGGCUUCUUCAACUUUUCUAAAUUUGAAAUCCAGUCACAAGUCGAAUCCCAGCAUGUGGGCCACAGUGUUCUAUCUGCUAAAGGCACAGCCCUGCUUGGAGAAGGGAAGGCAGAGCUAAGUGGCCACCAUGAUGCUCAUUUAAAUGGAAAAGUUAUUGGAACUUUGAAAAAUUCGCUUUUCUUUUCAGCACAGCCAUUUGAGAUUACUGCAACCACAAACAAUGAAGGGAAUUUGAAAGUUAGUUUUCCAUUAAUAUUGGUGGGGAAGAUAGACUUCCUUAAUAAUUAUGCACUGUUCCUGAGUCCACAUGCCCAGCAAGCAAGUUGGCAAACCAGUGCCAGGUUCAAUCAGUAUAAGUACCAUCAAAAUUUCUCUGCUGGAAACAAUGAGAACAGCAUCGAGGCACACAUAGGAAUAAAUGGAGAAGCCAACCUAGAUUUCUUAAACAGUCCUUUAACAAUUCCUGAGAUGACUGUACCUUACACAACACUCACAACUCCUCAGGUGAAAGAUUUCUCCUUAUGGGAAAAAACAGGCUUGAAAAAUUUCUUGAAAACAACAAAGCAAUCAUUUGAUUUAGGUGUAAAGGCUCAGUAUAAGAAAAACAAAGACAAAUAUUCCAUCCAAAAUCCUUUGGAUGUGUUUUAUGUGUUCAUCAAUUCCUUCAACAGGCAUUUUGAGAAAGCCCGAGAUGAGUCAUUAGAUUUUUUUACCAGAUCCUAUAAUGAAGCAAAUAUUAAGUUUGAUAAGGACAAAGUUGAAAAUUCCCUCAACAAGCAGCCCAGGACCUUUCAAAUUCCCGGAUACACUAUUCCAGUCAUCAACAUUGAAGCAUCUCCAUUUACAGUGGAGAUGUCGACAUUCAGCUAUGUGAUCCCAAAAGAGAUCAGCACCCCCAACUUCACCAUCCCGGGUUCUGGCUUCUAUGUACCCUCAUAUAAGUUAGUCCUGCCAUUGCUAGAACUGCCAGCCCUUCAUGUCCCUAGGAAUCUUCUCGAGCUUUCUCUUCCAGUUUUCAAGGUAUUGAGUAUCCCACACAAUAUUUUAAUUCCAGCCAUGGGCAAUAUCACCUAUGAUUUUGCCUUUAAAUCAAGUGUUAUCACACUAAAUACCAAUUUUGGACUUUAUAACCAAUCAGAUAUUGUUGCUCAUUUCCUUACUUCUUCUUCUUCUGUCAUUGAUGCACUGCAGUACAAAUUUGAGGGCACCUCAAGUUUGACAAAGAAAAGAGGGUUGAAGUUGGCCACAGCUUUGUCUCUGAGUAACAAAUUUGUGGAAGGCAAACAUGAGAGUGCCAUUAGCUUAAUCAAGAAAACCAUGGAAGCAUCAGUGACAACAAUUGCAAAAGUCCAAAUUCCAAUUUUGAGAAUGAAUUUCAAGCAAGAACUUAGUGGAAAUACCAAGUCGAAACCUACUGUCUCUUCAUCCAUUGAAUUAAAGUAUGAUUUAAAUUCCCCCACACUGUACUCCACUGCUAUAGGGGCAGUUGACCACAAGCUUAAAUUAGAAAGCCUCACCUCUUACUUUUCCAUUGAGUCAUCUACCAAAGGAAAUAUCAAGGGUUUGGUCCUUUCACGGGAAUAUUCAGGAACUAUUGCCAGUGAGGCCAACACUUACUUGAAUUCCGAGGGUACUCGGUCUUCAGUGAAGCUGCAAGGGGCUUCCAAAGUUGAUGAUAUCUGCAACCUUGAAGUAAAAGGAAAUUUUUCUGGAGAAACAGCUAGCCAACGCAUAUAUGCCAUCUGGGAACACAAUAUAAAAAAUCACUUACAGCUAGAGGGCCUCUUUUUAACAUCUGGAGAGCAUACAAGCAAAACCACACUGGACCUCUCCCCAUGGAAAAUGUCAGCCCUUAUUCAGGUCAACGCGAGUCAGCCCAGUUCCCUCCUUGAAAUCAAUUAUCUUUUACAGGAAGUUUCCUUGAAUGCUAACACUGAGCACCAGAAGGUCAGCUGGAAAAGUGAGGUCCAGGUUCAUUCUGGGUCUCUCCAGAACAAUGUACAGCUUUCCAAUGGCCAAAAAGAGGCACGCCUUGACGUUGCAGGUUCCCUAGAAGGAUACCUACGGUUCUUCAAAGAUAUUGUCCUACCAGUUUAUGACAAGAGCUUAUGGGACCUCCUUAAGUUGGAUGUAACCACCAGCAUUGAUAGGAAACAGUAUCUUCGUGCCUCAACUGCCCUUGUGUACACCAAAAACCCCAAUAAGUAUUCUUUCUCUAUCCCUGUGCAAGAAUUGGCUGAUAAAUUUAUUAUUCCUGGACUGAAACUAAAUAAUCUGAAUUCAGUUCUCGUCACACCUGCGUUCCAAGUCCCAUUUACUGGUCACGAGGUUCCAUCCUACACACUAGACUUAAGUGAAAUAAUAAUCUACAAGAAGCUAAGUACUUCGCCGUUUGUACUCAACAUACCAACACUACCCAAAGUGAAAUUCCCCGAAGUUGAUGUGUUAACAAAAUAUUCUGGACCAAAAGACUCCUCAGAUCCCUUUUUUGAGAUAACUGUGCCUAAAUCUCAGUUAACUGUGUCCCAGUACACUCUUCCAAAAAAUAUUUCAAUUGGCAAUACUGUUUUGGAUCUAAAUGAGGUGGCCAGCAAGAUUGCAGACUUCGAGCUGCCAACCAUCACUGUGCGUGAGCAGACUAUUGAGAUUCCUUCCAUUACAUUCUCUGUACCUGCUGAAAUUUCCAUUCCUUCCUUUGGAGCACUGACUGCACGUUUCGGGGUGGCCUCACCCCUGUAUAAUGCCACUUGGAGCACUGGUUUGGAAAACAAAAAAGAUCGCAUUGAAACAUUCCUGAGUUCCACGUGCAGCUCAACCAUACAGUUUCUGGAAUAUGACCUAGAUGUUGUGAGGACACACAAAAUUGAAGAUGGCAGGUUAGUCUAUGAGACCAAUGGAACAUUUGCACACCGGGACUUCAGUGCAGAAUAUAAAGACAGCAAACAUCAAGGACUUUGGGACUGGAAAGACGAGAUUCAGCUUAACAUCACCAGCCCAACACUCACUGAUGUCCGUCUGCGCUACCAAUCAAGUGAGAAUAGCCUCUCCUCCUCGGCAGCCUCCCCAGCCAUAGGCACUGUGGCCGUGCACUUGGGAAAGGAUAAUGGCAUCUUCAAGUGGAACUUCUUCUACCGCCCUCAGUCCUCUCCAGAUAAAAAGCUCAACAUAUUCAAAACUGAGUUGAAGUAUCAGAAAUUUUAUGAGAUCAAAGUUAACUGGGAAGAAGAGGCAGUGUCCAAAUUGCUAACCUCUUUGAAAGACAAUGCACCCAAGGCUGUAGGGGCCCUUUAUGACCAUGUCAACAAGUACCACCAGGAGCACACAGGACUCAAUCUGAGAGAUGCUUCUCUAAAACUGAGAAGAAGUCUGCAGAACAGUGCUGAUCAGGCCUAUCAAGGGGCCAUGAGGCAGAUUGAUGAAGUGGACGUGGACCUCCAGAGGAUGGCCAUGGGCACCACUAGAACCUAUGAGCAGUGGAAGGACAAGGCCCAGAAUCUAUACCAGGAACUGUUGGCUCAGGAAGGCCAAGCCGAUUUCCAGAGACUCCGGAAUAAGACCUUUGAUAGAUUAAUAAGAGUUACUCAGGAAUACUGUGUGAUAUUCAAGCAUCUGAGUGACUCAUUCAUUGAUUACCUGAAUUUCACUAGAUUCCAGCUCCCAGGAAGAGCCGGGACAUACACUACAGAUGAACUCUGUACUAUGUUCAUGAGGGAGGUAGGGAACAUACUGUCCCAGGUACAUUCAAAAAUUCAUAAUGGGUUAGAAAUGCUGUUUUCCUAUUUCCAAGACCUGAUGGAGAAAUCUGAAUUAAUUAAGGACCUAAAGAUUAAAUUUCCUUUUGAUUCAAGAAGCCAUAAACUAAUAGAUGUAAUCUUGGAGUAUGGGAAACUGUUGAAAUCUGUAUCACAAUGGGUCCCAAAGGCAUUUAAUUAUCUGCAGUCUAUCAAGAUUACAGAGAUGCUAAGUGAUCUUCAGAGAUCUUUACAAAGUGUUUGUCAAGAGAUAGAAGGAGAAAUUGAAUACUUAAAGGAGAAGAAAUUUACUUAUCUUAUUAAUGAUAUCCAACAUGAGAUCAAGACAAUCUUCAACGAGUAUAUUACAUAUGUUUUUGGAUACCUGAAAGAAAACCUAUACCUUAACUUUGGUAAGUUUAAUGAACUUGUUCAAAACAACCUUCAGGAAGCUUCUCAAGAGUUACAGCAACUCCUUCAGUAUGUAAAGGCUGUUCACGAGGAACAUUUUGAUCCAAGUAUCGUCGACUGGACAGUGAAAUAUUAUGAGCUUGAAGAAAAGGUAAUCAACCUGAUCAAGAACCUAGUAGAUAUCCUUAAAGACUUCCAUUUCAAAUAUACUGUUAGUGCUGCUGACUUUGCUUCCCAACUUUCAAGUCAAGUUGAGCAAUUUGUGCAGAAAGACAUCCAGGAAUAUCUUAGCAUCCUUGCUGAUGCAGAUGGAAAAGGGAAAGAGAAGAUUGCAGAGCUUUCUACCAUUGCUCAGGAAAUAAUUAAAAGCUGGGCUGCUGCAAUGAAGGAAAUCAUUUCUGAUUACCACCAGCAGUUCAUAUAUAAACUACAGGAUUUUCCAGAUCAACUCUCUGAUUACUAUGAAAAAUUCAUUGCUGAGUCCCAAAGAUUGAUUGACCUGUCCAUUCAAAUAUACCACGUGUUUGUGAAAUAUAUCGCUGAGUUACUGAAAGAGCUACAAUUGGCCACAGUCAAUGACAUGAAAUCCUACAUAAAGAAUGCUCCAGGAGAAUUUACUAUCACCUAAUUUUUUUAAAGCAUCUCACUUAUUCUUAUGCUCCAGUUAAGCUUUCACAUAGUAGGGAAAAAAUUCAAACUACAUAUAUUGAUAUAACCAUACACUAAGCCAGCCCUGUGGCAGGCAGCUGACUACAAGCAGGAGCACAUAUGAAUUGGACCUGCACUGAAGCUAGUAUCAGAUCUCUGAAGGUCUUUGAACGCUGGGAAACAUUUUUUUGCAAGUUAGGGAAAAUCAGGGUCUGAGUUAUUUUGCCAAACUUAGGGGGAGGGAGAACAAAUAAAUGAAUUCUUUAUUGUAUAUCAUA